AGUUUUGAUGAUUUGCUUCCACCUAAAAAGAUCCAUUAAAUAGGAAUCAAGUUCCACUCUUGCUAAAGUGAAUACAACACCCCACCUGAACUAAAAAGCGUCUCCGAACCCAACAACACGCUGAAAAUUGGACACCUUGCCUUCAAAGCAAGGAACCCCAAAGGAUCUGAUCCACAUGAUUCCCACUCUCUUUUCUCUUAUAUUCCUCCAUUUUAACCAUUCUAAAACUUACUCUCUCUCCCUUAACCUCAGUCUUCCAAACUUCUCUCGAAGUUUCGCUCACUUUCUCUCCCCCCAAACAAUAUUUUUCCGGGAAAAUUUUUCACCAAAUGGGGAUUAAACCUUUCAUGAUAUCUUUCAUGCUAAUCGCAAUUCUUUUCUCCCUCCUAUACGUCCCAACUAGACUAACCAUACCCAUAAGCAGAUUCAGGCCUGUAAUCGUAAAUCACUUCAAUUUAAACCCAUUAGGAAAUAGUACGAAGCCAUAUCCUGUAACUUUUGCGUACUUGAUUUCAGCAACAAAAGGGGAUGUUGGGAGGCUAAAGCGUUUGCUCUAUGCACUUUAUCAUCCGGGUAACUACUAUUUGAUUCACAUGGAUUAUGGUGCUCCGGAGGCUGAGAAAAGGGAGAUUGCUGAAUUUGUAGCCGGAGACCCAGUUUUUGGCGAAGUGGGUAAUGUUUGGUUGGUGGGAAAAUCCAAUUUGGUCACAUAUAGAGGACCUACAAUGCUUGCCACUACUCUUCAUGCCAUGGCAAUCCUUCUUAGGACCUGUAAAUGGGAUUGGUUUAUAAAUCUCAGUGCUUCUGACUAUCCUUUAGUCACUCAAGAUGAUCUGAUAUAUGCUUUUUCUGAGUUCCCAAGAGAUCUCAAUUUCAUACAACACUCGAGUCGUUUGGGUUGGAAAUUCAAUAAGAGAGGCAGACCAAUUAUAUUAGAUCCUGGACUUUACAGCCUGAAUAAAUCGGAGAUCUGGUGGGUUAUCAAACAGAGGAGUCUUCCAACUGCUUUCAAGCUCUAUACAGGUUCAGCAUGGACAAUCUUAUCAAGAUCUUUUGCUGAGUAUUGCAUAGUGGGUUGGGACAAUCUUCCAAGGACUCUCCUUCUUUACUAUACAAACUUUGUUUCAUCUCCUGAGGGUUACUUCCAGACGGUCAUUUGCAACAACCAAGACUAUAAAAGCACCACUGUCAACCAUGACCUCCAUUACAUUACUUGGGAUAAUCCUCCAAAGCAACACCCAAGAUCUCUUGGACUUAAGGAUUUCAGAAGAAUGCUUCUAAGCAACCGACCUUUCGCCAGAAAAUUCAAGAAAAACGAUCCGGUUCUUAACAAGAUUGACCGAGAGCUUCUGAAGAGACGACGAGGACAAUUCAGUAAUGGAGGAUGGUGUGCGGGGAGUGGGAGGAUGAAGAGGUUCUGCACUGGUUUGCAGAGCAGCUAUGGUGUUCUAAAGCCUGGACCAGGGUCAAGAAGGUUAAAAACUUUGUUGACAAGGUUAAUAUCCCCCAAGAAUUUCCAAAAGCAGCAAUGCAGAUGAUUUUAUUUUAUUUUUGUUCUCUUUUUCUUUUUACAACCAAAAUAUUGAAUAUGUUGUGUGUAAUAAUGUAUUUCCCAGAAAUUUUCAGAAUUCAGGGUUAUAUAUAUAUAUAUAUAUAUAUAUGGAAGGAAAUAUUAAUUAGGUAGUACUUAUAUUGCAUUUUUAUGACCAUUGAGGAAUUUACAGUUGUAAAAGUUGCUCUGAAAUCAAUAUUACGAUUUGAAUCUUUGGGUGGGUUUCUUUUA